AAAAUAUCUAUACCAUCAUAUUCCUACCUUAUAGUAGGCUAUCAUUCAGCCCGACGUGCUUAAAAACGAGGUUCACUCGACUUCAAAUAUGCUAUGAGAAUUCACUUCCAACAGAAAACCAAAGUCGGAUCAAUAAUAAAUACUUUUCCUCUCUACUCUAUCAAUUACCAACCCAGCAAGAAAACUCGAAAACCACCAUGGAUUCCCAACGAUACACAACCAAGGCCAUUUUAGCCACUUUCCUGAGUGUUGCUAGCUUGGUUUCCGCAGCUCCUUUCGAAGCUCGUGGGGCUAUCGGUUCCUCAGCCGGCUUUAGACUUAUUGCAACCGUCGUCGACUCCAGCAAGAAACUCUCCGUUCCUAUCGAGGGUGCGGCACUCCAGGGCGCCCAUGUCGGCGCUGGCCUCAACACGGCUGUGCUGAAUGCUACUACCGCUGGCCAGAUCUUCUACCAAAACGGCACAACUGAGGAUGUCCGCGCCGGCAAAUCCAACAUCCUCACUGACGAAGGUACCCCGCUUUACCCGUACGGGCUCGGUCUCCCCCUAAACGAGACCGACCCUACUUCGCCAGUUGUAGCCUCCAUCAAUGGCGGUAGUGGCACCUUGGGUGUCUCGCUAGAAGCCACCACAAGCCUCACACCUGGCGUACUGCACUAUGGUAUCGCUGGCUUCAUGGCAUGCGACGAGGCUCUUGCAUACUACGGCCCAUCGUGGAAAUUUGCCGUCGUGAAGGCAUUCGAGACUACUAAGGAGGCACCCGUCAUCCCGGAGAACUGCGUCCAGAUCAACCUGCACCCGCUUUGCGCUACUCUGCCAACCCUGCCCGCCGGCAGCUACUCAAGCCACAAGUUCGCAAAUGAGGUCUUUUGCUAUGCAGAUGCGGCUGACAUUAAAUAAAGUCGGAUGCGCUUUUUAACUAUGAGAGUUGGAGAGUAAAACCAAGGAACGGGAAGAUUUCGAGGUCUCUAAUGUUGUGGCGCAUCUAAGGAUUGAUCGAGGAGGUUGUGGAUAGACUUUCAUUUCAUCAUUUAUUAUUCUGUAACUUAAUAUUAGGAAAUCAUUCCAAUGAUACUAAAUUCUCCUAA